AUGCUAAGACCUUCAGCGCAAGGUGGACGCGGAGACGCAUCAGUCGCGGACUACGAGCGGCACAACGACCUGUUACUCUAUCGAGGCCGGGUAUUCGUACCAAAUGAGGGGCAACUCCGUGAGAAGAUCUUGCAGCACUUCCACAAUUCCAAGCUUGGUGGGCAUUCUGGGUUCUAUAGGACAUGGGCGAGGAUGGUCAAUACUUUCUUUUGGCCAAGGCAUCAAGGGACGGUGCGCGACUACGUUGCGCGCUGCGAUGAGUGCCAACGGACGAAGGCUGACGCGCGGUGGCCGGGCGGGCUGCUGCAACCGUUUUCGGCGCAAGGAUUUGGGAGGACAUCACGAUGGAUUUCAUUGAAGGAUUGCCAUUGGACCGAGCUAUCGAUGAGUUCGGCGUACCACCCGCAGACAAACGGCCAGACCGAGGUGAUUAACUGCACGUUGGAGCAGUACCUACGGUGCUAUGUGCACCAGUUCCCGAAUCAAUGGGACGGAUACCUACCUUGGGCCGAGUAUUGGUAUAACACCACUUACCAUAGCUCGACCACGGCUACGCCGUUCGAGCUGGUGUACGGGAGAAAGCCGCCGACGCUAGUGAGUUAUGCGGCCGGGAGCGCUAUAAAUGACGAGUCGGUUCCUCAUUCGCGAGAGAAAGCUAUACUAGGCCAACCACAAGUCGGUUGGUCACUCCCAAGUAUUGGAAACAAAAUGAAAGAGUUCAUUCAUAGUUCUCGUACAACAGUUCAUUGGGUACACAUAGGAAAAAAUGGAGUUGAAAUCGGAGUUCUUAUGGCCCCGAACAGUCACCAAACAUCACUGUGGCUGGUUGGCUCGCGCGCGCGGAUGGCUUACAGCUCGUGGACUGAGGCAGUUCGCGUUAUUAUGCAGCUCACAUGCGCUGAUGAGAACUCGCGGGGUAAGUGGCAUUCGCAGGAUAGUUCGCGUGCAAGGAUCUGUACUCGCGAGCUCGCGAAGGAGGUCACGCGCGCGGAAAUGAACUUCGCUGGGUAG